AUGCACUUGGUUGGUCGUACAGCUGCCCAGAACAAUGCUGUGAGAUCUUCCCUCUGGGCUCGCUUCGCGCGUGUUCAUUGUGGCCGCAAUGCCGUUUUCUUUUCUACCAGUCCAGCUUCCAACUCUGGGUCAGAACUCCCCAAAUUACGCUCAGUUCCGAAUCAGCUUGUUAGGGAGAUUGCGAUCUUGGGUGGGGGCAUUACUGGUCUAAGCACAGCUCAUAACAUCUCAAAAUGUCUCCCGAAUGCGAAAGUCACGAUAUACGAAUCGAGUAAUCGGCUAGGCGGAUGGCUCAACUCUGAACUGGUCCAGGUGGACGAUGGAGAAGUCCUCUUUGAAUGGGGUCCACGGACACUGCGUCCCGACUUGGGAGGUUCAGGCAUGGCCACUCUUGACUUGCUAGCUGACCUUAAUCUUCUCGAACAUCUCAUACCCACCGACAAAAACAAGCCUGCUGCUCUCAAUAGAUAUAUAUACUAUCCAGACCACCUUGCUCGUAUGCCUGGUGCUAGUGGCCUACUCGAGUUGCUUCGACGUCUCUAUUCCCUCCUUUUCGAACCUAUUUUUGCAGGCGCGGUAAGAGAGGUAACCCGCGAGCUUACUGCGCCGCCUCGAGAUGAUGCCCUAGAAGACGAAUCUGUUGGCGACUUCUUACAAAGGAGAUGGGGCAAAGUUAUUGCGGAUAAUUUCGCUUCUGCCAUCUUUCACGGAAUCUAUGCCGGUGACAUAUACAAGCUCAGCGCUCGCACUCUUUUGCCUGCAGCAUGGUUCCUGGAAAAGAAUGACAGUUCAAGCGCCAGCAUAAGCCUCGAAAUAGCUGAUAUGAUGCUGAAAGGGUUCAAGCUAUAUCCGCAAAAGAACCGGGAUUUCGCAACUAUGAGGUCUGCCAUGCAGAGUCUUGAACCUAGCAGGCCAAAGGCCGGAGCCUUGGCUGCGGUGAUGUCCAACCUCAGCGUUUAUACAUUUGAAAAGGGCCUUGGUGAUCUCGCCUCGAAGCUGGAGAACUCCCUCAAUUGCAAUCCAAAUGUCACUAUCCACAAGGAGAGCCGUGCGGUAUCAGUCACUUCAGCCAAGAACAACCAUAAAUUGACCGUCCACAUCGAGCAUGACACCAAGAGUGGUCAAUUUGAUUAUGUGGUUUCGUCUCUACCGCCAAAUUCUGUGCGGUCGUUCCUGGAACAAAGUGCUCAGUCUCGGGGUUCUUCGGCCAGUCAAAAUGUCCUCGCAGCUUGCAAGCACAGUGACCGCUCCGUCAACGUGAUGGUUGUGAAUCUUUACUACAGCAACCCAAAUUUAAUACCCCCUGAACAUACCGGCUUCGGCUACUUGAUUCCGCGCUCGGUCCCCUUCGAUCAGAACCCAGAACGGGCUUUAGGUGUUAUUUUUGGAUCGGAAACCUCUGGCAUCCCCGGGUACGUAGAAAAAAGACGGGUCACUCGAAGUCUAAUCAACGAGACGCUGGAACAGCUCGAGUCAGAGCGUGAAAAGGCACAUCGACAGUACGAGAUGUUCACCUACCUAAAGGAUGAACCAAAUGAGUCUCGUGAAAAGAACGAAAUGGCUUUGAAGACCACUUUAAAGCAUAUUGACGAAAGAAUUAUGGAUACUAAGCGUACCGAGGAAAAGUGGUUCGGAUCUGACUCCACCAAAGACGCCAUCGAGCUGGAGAUCAAGAUGGGGCAAGAUAGUGCACCAGGGACAAAACUUACCGUCAUGCUCGGUGGCCACUGGUGGGAUUCUUGGGCAAAAGAUGACCUGCCCGACGAGAAAGAAGCAAUUACCAUGGCGACCACUCUCCUGCGACGACAUUUGAACAUCACAGGUGAGCCCCAAAUCGCCAAGGCUCGUCUAGCUGAAAAUUGCAUCCCUCAGUAUCCCGUUGGUUAUCGAAAAGACAUGGCAAGAAUCCAUGAAGGAUUACUGUCUGAGUAUGAAGGGAGGUUCAAAGUCGCCGGACCUUGGUGGCAGGGUAAAGUUGGAGUGAGCGACUGCAUUCGCAAGGGACGUGAAACUGCCUGGGCCAUUCAACAACAAUUAGAUGACAAGACGGGGCUUGAAGAGUACACUGAAGAUGAGUCUUGGUGUAUCCUGCACACUCGGACGGGUGAGAAUGUUACUGUCGGGGGUGACUCCAGCCCAUCAUCCAAACAUUUACUCUAA